AUGGAACCAGCACUUUUCGAAAAAUUAUUACAAUUGAUCAGACCAUCGAUUACUAAACAAUCUGUAGUUCGAGAAGUUAUUUCACCUGAAACAAGAUUGCAUAUAACCCUCAGAUACUUGGCAUCAGGAGGUAGUAUGCGAUCAUUAUCGUAUGCCUUCCGUGUUGGACACAAUACCAUCUCUAAAAUAGUGUCAGAGACUUGCGAAGUCAUUUGGGAAUAUUUGAAAGAUACCGUUUUUAUAAAAAAUGAUGAAAACAGUUGGCAAAAUGUAGCCAAUGAUUUUGAACGGCUUUGGAAUUUUCCCAAUUGUAUCGGAGCCAUCGAUGGAAAACACGUAAUCUUACAGGCUCCACCGAAUUCCGAUUCGACAUAUUUUAACUAUAAAGGAAAUCAUAGUAUCAAUCUCCUAGCAAUUAGCGAUGUUAAAUAUCGCUUUAUUAUUGUCGACAUCGGAGGUGAAGGCAGACAAAGUGACGGAGGAGUUUUUCGGAAUAGUCUUAUUGGACAUUAUUUCGAAAGUGCUUCAUUAAAGUUGCCAAAUCCUAAACCAGUUGAGAUUGAUGGACCAGCUCUUCCUUAUACUCAGUCGAGCAAGAAGAGUAGUAGAAAGUGCUUUCGGGAUAUUAGCGGAAAGAUGGAGAAUCUACAGAAAGCCAAUAACAUCAAGUGUUGCUAA